AAAAAAAUCUCUUCAAAUCUUAUUAUUGUUUGACUGAUUUAAAAUUGACAACACCAGCUCGUUCUCUGUUUGGAUAAGGCCGGGGAAGCUACACCAAAACACCUCUUCUGAUCGAUUAAGGAGACGACGAAGAGGCUUGGAAUUGGGACGAACAAGAGGAGUACUUCCGUUCUCGUGCAGAAGGUGGGACAAGAGGAGAGUAAGAAUACCUAAACUAAAGAUGGCGAUUCAAGUAUCUCAGUCACAACCAUUUCUCUUGGUUCUAGUCCUAGUCAACUUGUUGGCUCAUAGUGGAGGUGUCAUAGCAAGUCACUCACCUUCAUUUAGUCGAAGUAGUUUUCCGGCUAGUUUUAUUUUUGGUACAGCUUCUUCUGCUUACCAGUAUGAAGGUGCAGCAAAUGAAGGUGGAAGGAAGCCAAGCAUAUGGGACACUUUCACCCAUCAACAUCCAGAUAAAAUCACGGACCAUAGUAAUGGAGAUGUAGCCAUCGAUUCUUAUCACCGGUACAAGGAAGAUGUAAAUGUGAUGAAGGAAAUGGGUAUGGAUGCGUAUAGAUUUUCCAUUUCAUGGUCAAGGAUUUUACCUGAUGGAAAGCAAAGUGGGGGAGUAAACGAGGAAGGCGUUCAAUAUUACAACAAUCUCAUCAACGAGCUUCUAGCCAAUAAAAUCCAGCCCUUUGUCACUUUGUUUCAUUGGGAUUUACCCCAAGCCUUGGAAGACAAAUAUGGUGGUUUUUUAAGUCCAGACAUUAUUUAUGAUUUUCAAGGCUAUGCGGACAUUUGUUUCAAAGAAUUUGGUGAUAGGGUGAAGCAUUGGAUCACUUUAAAUGAGCCAGUGAGCUAUGUUAUAGGCUACAAUGAGGGAACCUUGGCACCAGGCCGAUGUUCCAAUUGUUCUAAAGGGAAUUCUUCGACAGAACCUUAUUUGGUAGGGCACCACCAACUUCUUGCUCAUGCAGCCGCAGUGAAUUUGUACAGGGACAAGUAUCAGGCAUCUCAAAAUGGAAAGAUUGGAAUAACAUUAAACUCACAUUGGAUGGUACCUUAUAGUGAGCACCAUUCAGAUGUUGCUGCAUCUCGAAGAGCACUUGAUUUCAUGUAUGGAUGGUUUUUGAGCCCUCUAACUCACGGUCACUAUCCCAAGAGCAUGAGAUCCAGAGUGAAAAACCGCUUGCCAGAAUUUUCAAAGAAGGAAAUGAGACUGCUUAAAGGCUCAUUUGACUUCCUCGGACUCAAUUACUAUACAGCUUAUUAUGUGGCUAACGAUAAGCAUUGCAAAGAUGUUAACACGACUUAUACUACAGAUUCUUGCGCUAAGCUCUUGCAGGAGAGAGAUGGGAAAUCCAUUGGUCCAACUACUGGUUCAGCUUGGCUUCGUGUAUAUCCAGAAGGAAUAUGGGAGUUGCUGAACUAUACUAAGAAAGAAUACAAUGAUCCAGAGAUUUAUAUUACUGAGAAUGGAGUAUCAGAGUCCAAUAACGGUACAUUCACAAUGGAAGAAGCUCUAGCUGACAAAUGGAGAAUAGAUUACUACAAUAACCAUCUUCAAUUUAUCCACAAGGCCAUCAAGAAAGGCGUAAAUGUGAAAGGAUACUUUGCAUGGUCAUUGUUUGACAACUUUGAGUGGAAUUCCGGAUAUACAGUUCGGUUUGGCAUCAACUACAUAGAUUACAAAGAUGGGCUGAAGAGAUACCCAAAGCUGUCGUCCGUUUGGUUCAUGAAGUUCCUUCAAAGUACUACAAAGACAGAGUUUUAAAUCUAUAGAGCCCCAACAAGUUGGGGUCAGGCAGAUGACUGAUCAGAGCUUAAGCUUGAAGCCUUUUGACCUAAUUUCAUUUAUGCAUUUUGCCCUUAAAGGAUCUGUUCGGUAUAAUGGUGUUUAAAUUUUCUUUAAUUUCUUGGAAUAUGUCAACAAAUAUUUAUUAAUUGGUCAAAAAAUUGAAAUUGUUUAAUUGCUUUAA